AUGACCACGCUUUCUAACGAAGAAGAAGAACUUGCUAGAGCUGCAAUGGAAGAGAACGAAAGACUACAUAGAAUGCUGCACGAAUCCGCUAACGGGGGCCACACUAAUGAUGAAUCCGGUGAAAGAAACGUUGAAAGAUCUGACAGUAUUUUCUCACUCAGGCGAAGAAUUGACGUUUUAAAGGGUGAGAUAGCCAAUUUGCAAAAUGAGAUUAUGGCAUCUGAUGUCAGCGGUGUGGAAACUAUUCACGAGUUUAACCGACUCCAAGCUAAGAGGGCCCAUUUGCGUAACGAAAUACAAGGCUUACGCAAUAUCAAGAUUCAUCAGACACCAAAGGUUCGUGAAGCAAAUCGCCUUGCCGAUGAUCAGCAGAAAUUGAAGAGGUUAAGCGAUGAGAAAAACCGAGUGAUAAAGGAGGAAAUCCGAGAGUUGAAAGAACAAAGGGAGAAAGAGAUGGAACAAUUGUACAUUGCACUACGUAAAGAGGCUCAUCUGAAGGAUCAACUUGAAAGUACCGUUUUACCGUUACAUAUUCAUGAUCGACAGGCACUCAAGGGAGCCAUAGCGUUGAAGGAUAAUACGAUUCAAAAACUCGAAGAAGAGAUUGGGCGUACUCGAAUUGCACGAUCAAAUCGUCAUGACCGUGACGAAAAUAAUGAAGGAGAUUUAGCAAGGCUCCGACAAGAGUACAUCGAGCUUUGUGACAAUCUUCAAACGUUGCGACGUGAAUCAGGUUGCAUGUAA